AAGGGGUACCCAGUAUUUCAUAUACCGUAUACCCAACAUGGCUAUAGUCGCUGUGCUUCAGCUUAUUUUCUUUGUAACGUACAUCUCAACACAGACGUUACCAACUAACUAUGAAUACUAUACAUCAAACGGCAUAAGUUCAGGACUAUCGUCAGAUCAAACUAAUUUUAUAUUAAAUGGAAAAGAAAUUAGCAUUUACAGUGGUGCUAUGCACUACUUCAGGGUGCCCAAGGCUUACUGGAGAGACAGGUUGCGAAAAAUGAGGGCAGCGGGGCUCAAUGCCGUGGAAACUUACAUUCCGUGGAAUUUACAUGAGUAUGAGUCAGGUCGGUACGACUUUGGAAGUGGAGGCUCUGAAAUGCAAGACUUCUUAGAUGUCGCAGAAUUUUUGAAAAUCGCCCAAGAAGAAGACCUCUUCGCCAUAAUUCGAUCUGGUCCGUUCAUUUGCGGUGAAUUUGAAUUUGGGGGAUUCCCAAGUUGGUUGUUAAGGGAGGAAAUGACAGUUCGUACUUCAGAUGCGACCUACAUGAAGUAUGUGACGAGAUAUUUCAACGUACUUAUGCCAAUUCUUGCACCGUUCCAAUUUCAAAAAGGUGGAUCGAUCAUAGCCAUGCAAGUAGAAAAUGAAUAUGCAUUAAUGUGGAAAAAUGCGGAUAUGGUGUACCUAAAAGCUCUUAGACAGCUAAUGUUGGACAAUGGUAUAAUCGAAUUAUUGGUGACCUCAGACAACCCUGACAGGGGCACAGUGGGUACUAUUCCUGAACUAUUUCUGAUGACAGCCAAUUACGAUAAAAACCCUGUGACCCAGCUAGACAUGAUGAAGGAGCUUCAACCUAAUAAACCUCUCAUGACUAUGGAAUACUGGGCGGGAUGGUUUGACUCUUGGGGCGUGAGUCACAACAGUAAGACACUUGAGGAAUUUGAACAAGUUUAUGAAGCUAUAUUGAGUUAUCCCUCUUCCGUCAACAUAUACAUGUUCCAUGGAGGCUCUAAUUUCCGCUUCCUCAAUGGUGCAUCUGAUACGGACGCAAGCGAUGGAAAUGCAGCUUUUCAACCUAUAACAUCGAGCUACGAUUACGAUUCACCCUUAACUGAAGGUGGUGAUUAUACAGAAAAAUAUUACAAAGCUAAGGAGCUUCUAGCAAAAUACAACCCUAUACAAACCAAACUACCUGACGUUCCCGAGCUGAUACCUAAAAUAGCUUACCCCACGAUUACAGUAAAUCAACAGUUAUACAUAGACGAUGCUCUGAAAUCACUCCAAUCUGUGUAUUCGGAAAAAUUGAUAGCAAUGGAAAAACUGGACAUCAACAAUGACUCGGGACAGAGUUACGGAUACAUAGUAUACCGUAAAGAAAACCUAAAACUUGAAGCCAACUCCGUCUUGACCAUCGAAGGGAGAAUCUGCGACACCAUAAUGGUACUAGUUAAUGGAAAAUUGGUAUCGCAUUGGUUGGAAAAUGUUAAAGAUCUAGAUCAAUUUGGAACUUGGAGGUGGAAAGAUUCCUACUUAACUCUAACCGAGGAAGAGCUAGAGGGCGCUACGUUAGAACUAGUGGUGGAAAAUUGGGGACGAGUAAAUGUGGUGUCUUAUAAACAAUACAAGGGACUCUACCAAGGAGCCGCCAAAAUAAACAAUGUCGAAUUGACAGGUUGGACUAUUUUCCCAUUGGAAUUCAAAAAAUCUUGGACCAACAGCCUUUCCGGAUGGGGGUCUGUUAAUUUGGAUAGCACUGGUCCUUCACUGUACAAAGCCACUUUGACUAUAGCAAACGAACCGCAAGAUACCUUUGUUUAUAUGGAAAAUUGGAAAAAAGGAAUCGUUAUCGUGAACGGUUUUGUCAUUGGUAGAUAUGCUAGAAUGGGACCUGUUCAGACUUUAUAUUUACCAGCACCAUUCCUAAAGCAGGGUGAUAAUGAUAUCGUUAUAUUCGAACAUUUUAAACCUGGAGGAGACAUCAGCUUUUCGACUGAACAUAUUUAUGCGAUACACUAAUAAUAAAUUUAAACCUAAUUGUGUAUUUAGUUGCUGAAACUGAAAUAUUAA